AUGCCAUCAAAAUCCGUGAAACUCUCCUCCCGUCCCGCGUUCGCUCGUCACAUUCCGACGUCUUCUGAAUCCCCAUCUUCUGAAUCCCAACGUGCCUGCGUCUCCACAUAUCUUCUGGAUCCCUCUUCGGACACUCGUUCCGGAUCUCUCUGUAUUCUCGAAUAUUCUCAAGAAUCGGGUGGACUCCACGUGGAAAAUGAAAUCAGCACGUCCGCCGGCGUUUUUCGAUUCGAUUUUCAGAAUCCGUCGACUGUCGUCGCCGCGUUGACUGACGGAUCGCUCGUUGUGCAACAGAUUUUGGACCCAAUAUCGUCCGAAACGACACCCGUCUCAUCGGAUAUGCUUCUCGAUUUGAGUCUAUCCGACUCAUCGAUUCUCAUCACAACGGAUAAUAAGGGCCACGCCUACCUAGUCGACCUGAAUACGUCCCUUAUCGUGUCCUCUUGGCUCGCCCACUCACUACCGUAUGUCCCCGGAGAGGGAUGUGAAGUAUGGUCGUGUGCAGUGACAAAAGACGCCCAGACGGCCGUCACCGGCGGAGAAGAUGGCUCCAUGAAACUGUGGGAUGCCCGUAGCCGUACCCAAAUCGCCCAGUCGAAAGUAUUCGGUGCCGGUGUCGUUUUUGUGGAUUUUCCCACGAAUUCAGAUGAGCAGCAGAUUCUGACGGGAAGUUAUGAUGAGAAUAUUCGAGUAUUCGAUCGGAGAAAUUUGAAAAAUGUGUUGAAAGAGAAGAAGCUCUCCGGCGGUGUGUGGAAUAUCGAACAAAACGCAUCAACCUACUGCGUCUCUUGCAUGUACGGUGGCUACACAAUUCUGAAUUCAGAAUCCCUCGACGUCGUCCAUCAGAAUCGCGACGUCGGCACGAAUCUUCUGUACGGCGCCACGCGAAUGACCGAUAAUUCCGUCCUUUUCUGUACUUUUAAUGAUUAUUUGGUGGUUUUGGACGAGUUUUAG